ACAUUUGACGUCUGCUAUUAACAGUACUUUACAAUGGAGGAAAUAAAGCCAAUUGGCGAUUAGGUGAAACGGAAACUUUGCUUUGUUAUGUACCCAUAGAUAAUUGGUCAAGACGUAAGUUCGACAGUCUUGACUUGAAGAUCAGAGUUCGUGGUCGGUCCAGACGUUGUCUGUUCCCAUCAUUACAUAUUCCUACAAUAUUAAAAAUGUGGAAGGUCAUCUUCUGUCUCCUGUUCUCUGUCUUCUGCUGCAGCCAUAUAGUGGUGGGGGAGAGGUCGUCCCAUUCUAGAAUGUCUGAUUAUAAAACUAUACAGAGCAAUGGAUCUCCUGCACAUGCAGCAUAUGUUAAAGUUGUUGAUAAAUCCAGUUCAAAUAACUUUAACCAUCAAGCAUCGCCGUACUCGGAUUCACCAACCUCCAAAGAAUCCGUUAAUGAAGAUAAAUUAACAGGAAAAGCAUAUUACAAUGGUGUAUCAAAAGGAAUAGCUGAUCAAGAAUUCUACUCUCAGACACUACUUGAUCAGUCACAACGCCUUUCAUUACAAACAGAAAAUAGCAAAAGACAAGCCCAACAAGCUUCAUCCAAACAAACCACAACCCCAUUUCCAUUCAAAAACAGAGUCACAAGACCUCCGGACAGACGGGAAUGUACGGAUUGUGUGCUGAAUGGUGUAACAUAUAAAGGUCAUUCAAGAUUUGAAUAUCAAGAGGACUGUUUACACCAUAGAUGCAUUUGUCAUUGUGAUGGUUCGUGGGAUUGUCCUGCUGGUAGUGUUAUAGAUAUGUGUGAACGUGAAAGCAUGAAUAACCCCAAAUGCCGAACCUGCGAUGUUCAAGACCAGCAAAUUACAGGCAAUUCUUACUUUGAUAUGACUGAAGGUUGUAUUAUGUACAGUAAUUGUAUUUGUCGUUGCAAUGGCUCUUGGGAAUGUUCUGAUGACAGAUCUGAAAAUAUUUGUGCAGCCGUGGAAACCACAAAAACGCCCACAGUCACUGAUUGUCAAAAAUGUUUUGCGCAUGGGUUAUAUCGCAGAGGAAACAGUAGAUUUUCACACACUGAUGAUUGUUUUGAGUAUGAUUGUGACUGUUUUUGUGAUGGGCAAUGGGAAUGUCCUUCGGGGAGAGCGCAAAAUAUAUGUGACUACGAGGACGAAAGUCCACCGGGUUGCAGUGAGUGUGAGGUAAAUGGAGAAUUCUUUGAAGGAAACUCGAAAUUCAAGCAAACAACGGGAUGUACUGAAAAAACUUGUGACUGUCAUUGUGAUGGUACCUAUGAUUGUCCGGCACAUAUGAUGAAAAAUAUCUGUAAUAAAAACGAAACAAGGAAAUGUUCAAGAUGUGAAGUCAGUGAAACCGAAUCAUAUCCUGGUGAUUCCAAGUUUACAUUAAGUAAAGAGUGUAUACAUUAUGAUUGUACAUGUAACUGUGAUGGUUCAUGGUCGUGUCCAGGAAAAGACGCCAGGAAUCUGUGUAAAGGCGAAAGACCGGGAGGUUGUAGAAACUGUGAAAUAUCCGAUAAGGAAUUUUAUAACGGUAAUACAAACUUUACUUUACAAAAAGGGUGUAUUGGAUAUAACUGUGUAUGCAAUUGUGAUGGUAGUUGGAACUGUCCCGGUGAAGAUGCUAGAGAUACAUGUAAAGGCGAAACAAUUGGUGGCUGCAAAAGUUGUAUAUUAUCUGAUCGGGAAUACUAUCCCGGUGACACAGACUUUGAGAUGAAACAAGGAUGUAUUCUCUAUCAGUGUAGAUGCAACUGUGACGGUGGAUGGAAUUGUCCAGGAUACAAGGCGAAGGAUAUAUGUCAAAAUCCGGAAGCAGAAAAUGAUAGAAGACUUGAGACAUGUAAAGCAUGUAAACUUUCGAAUGGUGAGAGAUAUGAACCCAAUACCAAGUUUCUACUAGAACGUGGCUGUUAUCAAUAUGAAUGUAAUUGUAACUGUGAUGGUUUAUAUGAUUGUCCUGAUAAAUCAGCUACCAACAUAUGUGAUGUGUCUCCUGAGGAUAAAGAGGAAUUCCGUGCCCGACAAGAAAAGGAGUUUCAACGACAAAGAUUGCGAGAACAGGAAUUGAUGAGAGAACAACAGCGAAAAGAAGCUUUUGAGCGCCAGAGACGGCGUGAACAGGAGAUACGCGAAGCGCGCCAAAGAUACAGAAUUGAACAGACACGAAAGGAAGUGACCAGUACCCAGCGUGUUAGCUCCCGGUCUGAAGAAGAUAGCCUGGAAAGAGAUGAACAAGAAAGGCGGGGGCGAGAAAGGGAAAAGCAAGAAAGAAAUGAAGAAGCCAAAAAAGAAAAGCUCCGGUACGAAAUGGAAAGAGAACGACAAAUGAGGCUCCAGCAAGAGAAAAUCCUACAAGCAAAGCUUCAGCGAGAACGACAAGAACGAGACAGGGUUCAGCGUGAAAGGACUAGAACGACUGAUAAAACUCGUGACGAAACACGGAGAGAGACACGUGUCAGCAAUAAACACGACAGAACUGAUCAUGCAGGCAUGGAAAUGAUACCAAACGUAAAUCCAUAUAAUUCGCAACCCUGUUUAAAAUGUAGCUUCGCUGGUGAAACGCACCCAGGGAACACAGAAUUCGAAUAUAAACGUGGGUGUUACACUUAUCAAUGUACAUGCGAUUGUAAUGGAAGAUGGAAAUGUGACAGAAAUAAUGUUAUCUAUACAUGUGAUAAAUCUCGUACUGAAGAUAACGUGAGAAGAACAACCAAUAGUAGAACAAUAGCUAAUCAACAUUCAUCGCCAACGUAUGUUGUUAAAACAGAAAGAAAACCCCAGACAGUACACAGAAAUGUACAGAGAUCUCGAGAAGCUGGCUCGGCGUAUUCGUCAACAUCUUCAGCAUCAGCAUCGUUUUCUUCCCAGAGUUCAAUUAACACCCCUACUCGAAAAUAUUCUCCACCACAAAGAAGACAAUAUCAGACGCCUGAAGUAUCCAGGCACAAAAUUGAGACUCAUACCAGAGAAAAUAAACCGUCAGUUUCCCGUGAAACUGGAUCUCAAGGUAUGGAAACGACAAAUACCAAAUAUCAGGUUUCCCAAGAAUCAGGAGAUCGAUAUCAAUCCGCAACAAAUACAAAUUAUCCUUUCUUUCCUCGGGAAACAUCACAUAAUGUACAAUCAACAAGACGAGUUAUCUACCCAUCAUCUCAAACAGGAUAUCAGCAAGUUCAUAGUUCGGGUUUUUACAAAAAUCCCUUCUUAUCACCCAGGGUUAAUAGCCAUCAAUCUCCUCGAACUAAUUAUCAUACAGUACCACUGCCUUCAGGUAAUAACUACCCUUCCCCUCAAGGAGUAGGAUAUACUGUACAAACAUCAACCAGGUAUAUCUUUCCUGCUGCACACAGGGUUGGAACACAUUCUGCCAGUACUUCCUCCAACUUUCCUAUUCGACAAACACAUCCGUUACCAGUUGGGGGAUCCGUGUACCCUACAGCCCCAGUCGGUUCAGUAAAUGCAGAUUCGUGUCAGGUGUGCCUAGCAGACGACAAAAAUUACAAUGUUAACGACUUGUUCGAUAUGAACCGUGAUUGUGUUAUUUAUAAAUGUAGAUGUUUGUGUAAUGGGAAUUACAGAUGUGCUAUAACACCUAACCCAACUUGUAAUGAGCGUUCAGUUGAGACACAGUGUGGAAAUUGUCACAUCCAUGGACUUAUUUACCCGGGUAAUAUGGGAUUUCAACAGAAAAGGGGAUGUUAUGAGUAUACUUGUCAGUGUAAAUGUGAUGGAACCUAUGAAUGCCCCGAUGAGAAGAAGGUUAACCUAUGUCCAUCAAAUGAUCCUGCUUUAACCGAUCCCUAUAAUGCUCAACGUGACUGUGGCACAUGUACCAUUGAAGGUAAUUUCUACACUGGGAAUUCUCAAUUUAAAAUAUAUGAAAAAUGUCUGGUGUAUUCCUGUGAUUGUAAUUGUUUAGGUAUAUGGAAAUGUUCCGCUGAGCACGCACCUGGUUGUUUAUCUGCUAACGGUGGUGUUACGGUUGGCUAUCCUACGUUCAAUACGACAGGCAGCUGUUCUGAAUGUCUGGUAAAUAAACAACCUCAUUCAGCCAAUUUGGAUUUUAAACUUAAACAAGGAUGUUUGGAAUAUGCAUGCAGAUGCAAUUGUGAUGGAACUUGGUACUGCCCAACACAAUCUCCAAAACAUCUUUGCGAUGCCAGUGCGAUACAGAGACAAGCCAUCAGUUGUCAAUCUUGUGAUGUUCGUGGAACGAUCUAUCCUGCCGAUGCAACUUUUGUUCUGAGGGAAGGAUGUCACCAACAUACAUGUGUUUGUAAUUGUGAUGGAACAUGGCGAUGCCCCAAUAACUCCACAAUCAACGUAUGUGAGUCCAGCACAAGAACUGUAAAUGAGAAGUCUAGCUGUAAAGAAUGUGCUGUAAAUGGAAUAACCUACAUGAGUAACUCGGAUUUUGAAUUUCGAGAGGGGUGCUCACAGUACAAUUGUAAGUGUUUCUGCAACGGUAGCUGGGAAUGUCCUCCUGAUAAAACUGAAAACAUGUGUCGAUCUCCAGACUACAGAAUAGAUGGCUGCAGGGAGUGUCUGGUAAAUAAUCAAUCAUAUCCUGGUGGGAGUCCUUUUAACUACAGAGAAGGAUGCUGGCGGUUUAAUUGUAUGUGUAGCUGCGAUGGAAAAUGGAGUUGUCCACCAGGAAGAAGUGUUGAUAUAUGUGAAAAAGUUGCAUCCGUGUCAUCAAGAUGUCGACCUUGUGUUAUUGAAUCUAAGGUCAUUAAAUCCAAGAGCACAUUCAAUCUUCGCCAAGGCUGUACAGAGUAUUUAUGUGAUUGUGAAUGUAAUGGGAACUGGACCUGUCCUGUGGAUAGAUCAAUCAAUACUUGUGAACUUGGCGGUAUAAAAGAUAGUCCUGACAAAACAGCGGACAAACAGACGCCUAGAGGAUGUGAGGUUGGUAAUAAAACAUAUUUCACUCGUCUAUUUGGUUAUACAGAACAAUGUAUACAGUAUACAUGUAUCUGUUACGAUAAUGGUGCUUGGAGAUGUCCACCAAACAGAAGUAGAAAGGUUUGCUAACAUUUAACUGUACAGUUGAAAUUAUCAAAGUUUGGUUUUCUGACAUUCUUGUGGUUUGUCGAAUUCCCGGGACGGUUAAACAUGAAACAUAAUUAUAUAAUUAUUGAACAUGACAAAUUCCAUUAAAUUGGACAAUCAUAUUAGUAUGAAAUAGUUGUUUGUCCAUACUACUCUCAUACACGUUCACAUUGUUUGCUCGGCACCAAUCUGAUUAAAAUACAGAUCUAUAUUUCGUUUCGUUUUUUUUAUACUUUCGAUGGCCUAGACUACAUGAAGAUCUGACAAGAUAUAGCGAUAGGUCACGUCAGGGGUCAAAAGACCGACUUAUGACCCUAUGACGUCAGACAUUUGAUUAACCAAUCAGCAUUGAUGUUACUAGUGGAUUACCCACAUUUCCGUGAAAAACACGCCUAAAGCUCGCCGUAACAGACCGUUUCAUUGGCUUAUCCCUGACACCAUUCAGAACACGAGUUAAAUAACAACUAUUCCAGAUCCAAGUGUAGUAAAGACAAGUAAAACGAAAUUUUGAACUAUAAGAACGAAACGAAAUAGGAUCUGAGUUUUAACUAGAUGGGCUCGGCACAUUUAACAAAAUCAAAUAUUUUACAACUGAGAGCUAAUCUAAAAUGAAUAUUCAAGUGUUUUUAUAUUAUAAAGGUGUACAAUUACAUUCUAUUCAUAAUUUGGCUUUAAAAACUAUUUAGAUACCAUACAGUCUAACACAUUGAUUUAUUAAAUGUUCGACUGUUAUACAUUUGUUUUCAGGAAACGUUCAAAAUUGUGAAAUUUAUAACAGUUUUCUUUGUAUUUUUAUCUUCGAUCAUCAUUGUACAAAUCAUAUAAAUGUUUAUUGAUGAAUACAAAAAUUUUGUACCAAA